AUGCCCGCCAAAACUAUCCGAUUUUUUUCGGCAUUUCCCGAAUACCCGCGCUUCGUAACAGAAGAGAUCAGCAUCGUUGUACGCGAUAUAAACGAUCCGUCACAAGGAUACGACUCGUCGCUGGAGUAUCUACAAGAGCAGGACUCCUUCUCGCGCUACUCCGGCUAUAUCGCGCGCGCGGCGGGCCCGGGGGGCGACGAGUGGGCGGAGUACGAUGCGCGCGCCAUGGCGGAGUACUUCCGCGCGCGCCCGCUGCUGGUGGCGCGGCGGCUGGCGCAGAUCGGCGCGGUGAUGGGCGGGUGGGCGGGGAAGCGGUGGGCGGACGCGAAGCUGGGGCGCGCGGAGGAGACCUUCCAGGAGCGCGCAGGGGAGCUGCGCCAGGCGCUCGUGCUGCUGGGGCCGGCCUUUGUGAAGAUCGCUCAGGCUGUCUCCUCCCGCCCGGAUGUGAUCCCACCCGAGUACGUGGACGAGCUGUCCCUGCUGCAGGACCGCAUAGCGCCCUUCCCCACGCGCACGGCAUUGGACCUUAUUGAGGCGGAGCUGGGUGUACCCGUCGACCUGCUCUUCGACCAGAUCUCGCCCUCCCCUGUCGCUGCUGCAUCGCUGGGACAGGUGUACGAGGCGAGGUUGAGGGCGGGCGGGCAGCGCGUGGCAGUGAAGGUGCAGCGCCCGGGAGUGCGGGCAGCCAUCGCGCUGGACAUCUUCAUUCUGCGCCUCUUUGCUGGCUGGCUCAAGCAGUACAGGCGCCUCAACACGGAUCUUCAAGCAGUGGUGGACGAGUGGGCUACGAGCUUGUUCAGGGAGAUGGACUAUGAGCAGGAAGCGCAGAACGGAAUUAAGUUCGCCGAGCUAUUCGGGCGGAUAGAGAGGGUGGUGGUGCCGCGCAUGUAUCCCGAGCUCACCACUCGCCGCGUGCUCAUAAUGGAGUGGAUCGAUGGCCAGCGCCUUGCAGACAGCAAGGACGUGAGCCUUGUGGAGGUGGGCGUGUACUGCUCGUUGUCACAGCUUCUCGAUUACGGAUUCUACCAUGCCGACCCGCACCCUGGCAACUUCCUCCUCACGCGCGACCAACGCCUUGCAUAUCUGGACUUUGGAAUGAUGGGGCGCAUGGACCGGGACGUGAGGGAGGCGUUCAUCCGAGCAGCGGUGCAUCUGGUGAACCGCGAGUUCGACCUGCUGGCAGGGGACUUCGUCACUCUCGGUCUACUGCCACCGGGUCAGGAGAUGAGCGAGGUGUCAUUCGCCCUCACGGCCAUCUUCAAGGAUGCGGUCAGCUCCGGCGUGCGGAACAUCAGCUUCGGCAGCCUCGCCACUCAGCUCGGCCAAACCAUGUACAACUUCAAGUUCCGUCUGCCGGCUUAUUUCUCCCUCGUCGUCAGAAGUCUAUCAGUGUUGGAAGGCAUCGCUUUGAAACGAGAUCCCAACUACAAGGUGAUCGCCAGCUCGUACCCCUGGAUAGCCAAGAAGGUCCUCACAGACCCCUCGCCCCAGCUGCGCUCCACCGUCACCAACCUGCUAUUUAAGGACGGGCAGUUCAGAGUGUCUCGGCUGGAAAGUUUGCUCAAAGAGUCGUCCAAGCCCAUGUACGGCCCAGAUUCAGCCGCCCAGAGCCAAUCAACGGACGACACGUCCAAGGAGGGCCGCACAAAAACCCUCAAGAGAAUUCUCAAGUUUGGGUUGAGUGAAGAGGGCCGGUUCAUUCGAGAGCUGCUAUUGGACGAAGUGGCCAAGGGUCUAGACGCACUCAACCGGGUCACCCUUGACGAUUCCUCCGCCGCCCUUCUUUCUCGUCUGCCGCCCGCACUCCGGCCGGCACUUCCCGGCCCGUUGCAGCUGGCGACAGAAGAGGACAAGGAGCACCUGGAGAAUCUCCGAAGACUGGCCACCAUCGUUGCCGACCUUGACCCCUCGGGCGGGCAGGGGGAUGGGGGGAUUGAGGAGAGUGUGGGUGGAGAGGGGGAGAGUGGAGGGUGGGGAGGGAUUCAGGCAGCCGUUGAUCAGGCCACGGCGAUCAUCCAACGGCUGCCGUCGCGGGAGGUCUUCACAGAGCUGCCCCUGCCAGCUCAGCAGACGGCACUGUUGCUCCUAGUGGAGCUGGCAGGGAGGGUGGCAUCGCGCACUGUCGCUCGCACCAUCCGCAGCAACGUGCGCGCGCCGACAAGAGCGGCUUGA